AUGGCCUCGUCCUGUCGCCCAACAACAGGAGCCGAGGAGGCUCCACUCUUCGGCUUCGAGCUUGCAUGCACGUCGCCCAUCGACACCCCACGCUACUACUACCCCGAUCCACUCGCACCACCGAACUCUCGUGAAUUCCUCAAAAAAGAACUCUCGCGACCUCACCCCCACCCCUGUGUCGACCUCCUCUCCCCCACGAUCUCCUCCCCGCCGCCACCACCCACGCCCGCCAGUUCCUCGCCGGCCACGCUCCUCCGCCGGGCGCUCCAGCUCCGCCGCGCCAUCCCCUCUCCAGCUUCCUCGCGCGCGAUCCUCUCCGCGGCCUCCAGCCGCCUCCUCUCCGUCACCGCCUCCACCGAGCAGAACACCGCCGACACCGCCAUCGACCUCUCCAACGAAGAGAGCCGCCGCCGCCUCGUCAACAGUAUGAUGUACAGGAGCAAGCAGAGGGGCUUCCUGGAGCUCGGGACCUGCGUGGAGCAGGACGUCCGCUCCAUGGACGAGGCCAACAUCCGCUCCCUGCUCCAGAUCCUCGACCUCAAGAGGCUGCUGAAGGGCACACUCAAGAACAUGGGACUGCUUCAGAACAAGAAGCAUGUGCAAGUCUGGUGUAGACAAACAAGACAUCUGGACGAGAAGAAAAAGAAGUGCAAGGCCGGUAAGGUCGAGACUCGUCUUGAAUUCCCUGGACGUGAAAAGGUUAAAUUUGGUGAAGUUGUCGAAGCUCCACCAAAGUUAUCAUUCCCAAAGAGGUGAUCGACGCUGACAAGCGCGGCCCGGUGGCGCUGUGCUCUUCAACCACUCAGAAGCGGACUUCGCCGUGAAGCCCAGUGGCCACAUCGCACAGAUGAUCGUCCAGGUGAUUUCGACGCCGGAGGUCGACGAUGUGGAGGACCUUGACGCCACCGUCCGUGAGAGGGAGGAUUCGUGUCCACCGGCGUUUGAAUUCCUAGCCUUGUAGAUACAUCUAGAGAGGUGGUCUGUUUAGGUUGGUGGUAGACCACUAGGGAAGGUACCCACCUUAUGAUGAUGGUUGUGUGUGUCUGAUGUUAAAUGGAAUCUUGAGAUGGUUCUGUGAGUUGGUUUUGUUUGCACUGGACGCAUUACCAUUCAU